UAUUUUCGGAUAACCAUGGCAGCCAGGUCAUUUCCUCCACACUCAAGUUAAAUACAAAUCUCCCUAAAUUGUUUGUAUACAAACCAUUAUGGACGAAUCAAUGCAAAUUUGUAAAAGGUAAAUACGACUGUCCAGUAGUCUUUCAUUACAUUUUUUUUGUCAUUGCUUACCAGCCAUGGUUAUCUGAAAAUUAUUAUUAAAAAUAAAAUCUAGGAGAUAUGUGUGUGUAUACAUUUUUUAUUAUUGUGCUUUCACUGCAAAUUCAUUGAGCAUUGCAGCUCAUUGAUCUGAUGGGAGGAGGGAGGUGGGGGCGGGGUCACCAAGGCGGUGCAGAGAUUCCUUAUGAAUGGAACCCGGACUGGUGACGUCAAUGGGGGCGCUUGACGCAUGUGUCACGUGUCCCGGGUGGUCCUCUAUAAGAGGCACUGACGCUGUCCGCGGUGCUGAAAACAAGACGAGGGAGACGAGGAAUCCCGGCUUUGGAAUCCAAGCAAGUGGAGCGGACGGUAGGAAAUCCUAAUAGAAGAAAAAGAAAAAAAGAAAACAAAACAGAAGAGCGACUAAAAAGGAGGACAAGGAGAAGACACGGAGAAGGAGAAACGCACACCCACGGGGAAGUGUGCUGUGAAGCGUGACAACAAGACUGUGACGUCCUAAGGAGCGGAGGCUGGAAUCCCCUCACAGUGCUCCCACCUCAAGAAUCUCUUCAUCCUGCUCACGAGAGGCCAUGAUGGGUUCCCGCAACACCCCAAGUGUCCUUCUCCUCUUGGUUGUCUUUGCGUGGGCCUCCUCCGCUGUCCCCACCGCGACCCCCGACACCCAACGUGUCAUCCCUACCGAGAUGGCGCCGUCGAGAGAUGCGCAGAGCGACGGGGAUGAGGAUCGAAUCGCAGAGAGGGAGGCGCAAGGAGAGGACCUCUUUGACGACAUGGAUCCCAAAACACUCGCGGCGCUUUUGCUAGGGGCGCUCAGUCACACCCGGGCGGAGAGCAGGAGGGAGGAAGACCCCGUGGCGGGAGACGAACCCGAAGGAGAAGAGCGGGACAGAGAUGGGCGACUCAAGCUGGAGCUGCUGAUGGCCUCACAAGCAAGGGAGGAGAAGAAGAAAGCCGAGGAAGAAGAGGAGAGGAUGACGGAACGGGUGAGCAGUCGCACCACGAGCCAGACGGUCCCGGCCCGGAAGCAACCGCCGGCCGAGCAAGGCGCCGAGGAAGAGCAGCUCAACCCGGAGGAGCUUAAGAAUCUAGAGACCAUGAUGAAAGAAUUUCCACGUUUGGAUACGGCCGCAAAGAGAGCGGGGGAGCCAAACCAGAGGGAAAGUCGCGGCUAUAGCAGCUACAAUGACAUCAUCCCAUUCAACAAAGGCAACAAUGUGGCGCUGUCCAAGAAGAAACUGAAAUGGCAAGAGGAGACCCAGCAGAACUUGAAUGUUCCAUCAUUCAGAGGCAACUUCAUGGAUGACUUCAAUGACACGCCUCCGCCCGAUGAGGAGGAGGAGGAGGAGACGUUGAGUCCCCAAGAAGAGGAGGCCCGGGCCAAAGCCGAGCAAGAGGAGAUGAGGAGGCAAGCCGCCGAGGUGCAGCGAGCCAAAAUGGAGGAGGAAAAGCUAGCAGACAUCGCCUCGGACAUGUUGCUGCGCUACAUGGUCAAGCAGAACGGCGGCGGCAGGAAGUACGCCUCGUCUUCCCCCAACGCCGCCGAAGACAAGAGGUCCGAAGAAGAGCAGGAGGAGGACGACAUCGACCCCCAGACCAUCGACAAGCUGAUCGAGAUCUCCAGCAAGCUCCACCUGCCCGCCGACGACGUGGUGGACAUCAUCAGCGACGUGGAGAAGAAGAAGAAAAAAGACGUGAACACGCAAAUGCCCGUGUCCUCAUUUCCGGACUCCGAGAGCGGUCUGAUCACCUUUCCCCUCUCCAAGCAACCGUCUCCAUCGCGCCAUCUCCUAAAAAACUGGUUUCAAGAGCAAUCGCCAACGAAAUCCAAGGAAUUCUGGAGCACUCCGGUAUCCAAACCUUAUAUGUGGCCCAAAGCUCUGAAACCGGUGAAGCAAAGCCCCUGGAGUCGGACGCGCUACCCGUACACCCGGCCCUCCUUCUACCCGGUCUACUUCCCUCCUCCUCGCCCCACGUACAGAUACUACGUGCCCAACCGCGCUCUGGCCUUAAACACCUUCCUCCAGCGGUCCCCGUUCCAGCCCAAGCAGCGCUACCUCAACUGGGUGCAGCCCCGCUUCAGGAAGCCCCCUGCCGCCCUGCAGCGCAAGCCCUUCUACCCCAGAUACCGCCUCCCCUCGAGGCCACUGGCCGCUCCCAGAUUCCCUCCGCCACAGGAUCCGUUUUACCAGUCGCCCCCAAAGGGAUACUUGUCCGACAGUAAGGAACAACUGGAGAAAUACAUUGAGCAGCUACUCAUGAAGAGGCCUCGGGUGCAAGACUGAAAGUGGCGAGCCAGCCCGGGAAGGCGGGGCUUAAGGAAGAGAACGGAUCCGGUGUCGAGGAGAUACCAGAGUGUUUCUAUUUUGUCAUCAUUCGAUCCAUUCCGGAAGGGCUUUAAUCGGCCCGCUUCUGAACUCCCAAAACAUUCGAACAAUCAAAGGAUGGUCA